AUGUCGUGCGAUCUGGGCGUUUACGGUCUCGCCGUAAUGGGAGUUAAUUUGGCCCUCAAUGCAGCAAGCAAGGGUUAUACUGUUUGUGUCAGCAAUAGAUCGCCUUCUAAAGUCGAUACAGCCAUCCAACGCGCAAAUGAAGAGGGACUCACAGAUAAAAUGGUCGGCGUCAAGGAUAUGAAGGAAUUCGUUGAAAACAUCAAGCGCCCUCGGCGAAUCGUUAUGCUUGUCCAGGCUGGUGCCCCUGUCGACGCACUAAUUGAUGGCUUGCUGCCUCUUCUCUCAAAGGGCGACAUUCUUGUAGAUGGAGGGAACGAGUUUUAUCAGAAUACAGAACAACGGAUUGCGCGUUGCAAGCAGCAUGGGAUUCUCUACAUGGGAAUGGGUGUCAGUGGAGGCGAAGAGGGAGCUCGUCAUGGACCUUCUCUCAUGCCCGGAGGCGACAAGGAAGCGUGGCAUGCGUUGAAGCCUAUUCUUCUCCCGAUUGCCGCACAGAUAGAUCCCAGCAAAGCCCCAACAGGCCCUCAACCGCAGUUCAGUGAGGCACAAGUACAAAAUGCGUGCGUCGCCUUCCUCGGACCGGGAGGCUGCGGUAACUUUGUGAAGAUGGUGCAUAACGGCAUUGAAUAUGGCGACAUGCAGCUCAUUGCAGAGGUGUACAGUGUUCUGCGGCACUGCUAUGGGAUGACAAAUUCUGAAUUGGGAGAUCUCUUCAGCCAGUGGAACCAGACAGAGCUCAAUUCUUAUCUCAUCGAAAUCACCUCGCAUAUCUUUAAAAAGAAGCAGGGGAAUGAGUACCUGCUGGACAUGAUUUUGGAUACGGCUGGCAACAAAGGAACGGGCCGAUGGACGGUGCAACAAGCAGCGGAGUGGGGGGUUCCCGUGCCUUGUCUUGCUGCAGCACUGGAUAUGCGCUAUAUUAGCGCCCACCGCGGCUUGCGGGAGAGGCUUAGCAGUUUGUACACACAGUGCAUGAAUCCGCAAGGGCAAAAUAAAGAGGGACAAAAGAUGCCACCCCUAGGUAGGGAAGUAAUAUUCUGUUCGUGUCAAAGUCUGAUUGAUUUUGUUUGUCUGAAUUCCAUUUUGACAGGCUGUUGCUGCUUUGCGGAAUGCAUCUCAGACGACAUUAAGAGCUCGCUUUACGUAGCAAAGAUCUGCUGCUACGCCCAGGGCCUCCAUUUGAUUGCCACUGCGUCCAAGGAAAAGCAGUGGGACCUCAAUCUGGCUGAGGUGUCUCGCAUAUGGAAAGGCGGAUGCAUCAUUAGAGCCCGUUUCCUGAAUGUAAUGGAGAAGGCCUUUAAAGAAAACCCGCAAGUUGAAAAUCUCCUUCUUGUCGACAGGUUAGCGGAAGGAACCAAAGGCAGAGCCAGUGUGACUGCUGAAGGCGCUACGGGGGGUAGUGAACUCUAUGACGAAGACAAGAGAGGACAGAGAGAGUUGCUUAUGCUCUGUGAAUGCCAUUUUUUCUUCAGUAUCCGGACGGAGGUGGCACGUCACUUGCCGGCUCUGCGCCGCGUGCUGGACAUGGCAUUAAUCCAGCGUCCGUGUGCUGCACCUUCUUGUUCAUCGUCGGCUCUUCUUCUGUCCCUCCCGGCUCUGUCGGCGGCCUAUCACUAUAUCACUGCCUUCACGAGCGCUUCCCUCCCGACAAACCUUAUCCAGGCGCAGAGAGAUUGUUUUGGGGCUCACACGUUUGAAAGAAAAGACAAGCCAGGCGAAAAAAUCCAUGAGAAGAACUGGCUGGCCUGA